AAUGCCUGUUUCGCUCUUAGAUAUUUCAAUAAAGAAACGCACUCGACGGUGCUAGAACAAAAGAAGAUAAUCAGUCGUUACGUGAAACACAGCACCUUUUUCCCCGAUUUCCUUGGUUCUUUUCCAACGGACCUCUUCUAUCUAACCAGAUGGGUGGAUCUCACAGUGGCUCGCAAGACGACAUCCCUCAUGUGUAUCUUUCGUGUCUUCUCCCUCAGUUCCUACGUCGACAAGUUGGCCUUUGUCUACGAUAUCCCUUUAGCUCUUCAAGAGUUCUGUCUGGUACUCUUAUGGAUGAUACUGUUACUACAUUGGCAAUCCUGCUUUCACUGGUUGAUACCCAUAGUGACUACCUCCAUACGUCAACCAGAACGUCCCUCCAAUGCUUCCUGGAUCGAAGUGAAUAAACUGUGGCAGGCUCAUAAGGCUCAGCAAUACUUGGCCAGUAGCCUACGCGCUAUAUCUACGUUUAUGAGGGCUGGCCUGUUGUAUACGCAUCAACAGGACGUAGGAGAUAUUUACUUGAUCAUCGUUUUGCAGCUGUUUGGUAUUAUCGCACCCUGGUUCCUCAUUACGCGAGUAAUGCAAUUCUUUAAAGGACACAAUAGCUCUCGUCUGAGGUACCAAGGUACCGUGGCUCAACUAAGACAGUACAUGAGGCACAAACAAUUACCAUAUCCUACUCAGAGAAGGAUCAUUCAAUAUUACGAGUUUCGUUUUCAGCAUCGAUUCUUCCGCGAGACGGAAGUGAUUAAUACGUUGUCGACCCAGAUGCGUCACGAAAUUAGGAUGCACUCGUGUCGUAAAUUAGUGGAAAAUGUAUCGUUCUUUAAUAAUUUACCAUUGUCGUUGCUGGGUCGAAUCGUGGCGCUAUUGAAGUCUGAGAUCUUCUUGACCAACGACGUGAUCGUGCGAGCGAAUCAACCGGGUGAUUGUAUGUAUUUUAUCGCUACCGGUACCGUGGCUAUUUAUACGAACUCGGGCAAAGAAGUGUGCCAUUUGGAGGACGGCGCAUACUUCGGUGAGGUCGCACUCGUCAUGCCCAACGAGUUGAGGGUAGCCAGCGUGGUCGCCGUUGAGGUAUGCGAGCUAUACCGGUUAAGUCGAGGCGACUUCGCUAGGACGAUACACCCGUACCCCAUGCUAUGGGAGACGAUCAAGAACAUCGCGAUUGAGAGACACGAGAAGACGAUGAUACUUAACGAUCAGUAGGUUAUUGAAUAGAUUCGUUCAAGUUGAUGUUUUUUGUCAAGAUAUCUGUAUUAUUAAUUUUGUCGAUCUUGAUGAAAUUAUUGGAAGAUAUAGUGGAUGUUUGUAUUUUAUUGAAAGUUAAUCGAUGUUAUAG